CUAUCAACUAAGUCUGAGGUGGUCACCGUACCACAUUACCCAACUUUGUGAGAGGGAGAACACCCCGUCUAUUAAAGAUAGAGUAGAAGCGUCAAGCAACAACAAGCACAAGUUGUGAUUUUUUUUUAUUCUUUCUCUUCUUUGGAGUUGAGGAGAGAAACCUUUUCGUUAUCUCCUCUCCUCAUCUUAUAUUAGCUACUCUGUUCUCUUCACAUUCAGUCAUCUCCACCCCUUUCGCCAGGGGAAGAUACUCUGGUCUCAUACCUCAAGUUUGAACAAUUCUUGUGUGUUUCUUCAUCUGGGUCUCCAAUGGCGACUUGGGUCUUAUCAGAAUGUGGCGUAAAACCUCUUCUUAGAGUCUACCCUCAACCCAGAACCGGAAUGUUGUUGAAGCCUUCCAUCCCGUCGAGUCUUAGGACAUUGCCGGUCUGUAAGAGUAGCCAAUUGGGUUUCUCAUUGUCUUCCUCAAGUGGGUUUAGGGGGCAGAAUUGGAAACUUAAUGUGAGUGCUCCAUUAAGAGUCUCCGAUGUUGGUGAAGAAGAUAAUGAGAAGAGGGUAGUGGAAGAUGAAAGUGGAUUCGACCCUGGUGCGCCGCCUCCAUUUAAGUUGGCUGAUAUUAGAGCAGCCAUUCCUAAACACUGUUGGAUUAAGGACCCAUGGAGAUCUAUGAGCUAUGUUUUGAGAGACGUUGUUGUCGUUUUUGGUAUGGCGGCUGCGGCUGCUUAUUUAAACAACUGGGCCGUUUGGCCUCUGUACUGGAUUGCUCAAGGAACCAUGUUCUGGGCUCUUUUUGUUCUUGGCCACGACUGUGGUCAUGGAAGUUUUUCUAAUAACGCAAACCUUAAUAGCGUGGUGGGUCAUAUUCUUCAUUCUUCAAUCCUUGUCCCAUACCAUGGAUGGAGAAUAAGCCACAGGACUCAUCAUCAGAACCAUGGACACAUUGAAAACGAUGAAUCUUGGCAUCCGCUAUCUGAGAAAAUCUACAAUAGCUUGGAUAAGGGUACCAAAUUGCUGAGGUUUACCUUGCCUUUCCCUAUGCUUGCUUACCCUUUUUAUCUGUGGAGUCGAAGUCCCGGAAAGAAGGGUUCUCAUUUUGAUCCAAACAGUGACUUGUUUGUUGAGAGUGAAAGGAAAGACAUCAUCACCUCCACUGCAUGUUGGACUGCCAUGGUUGCUCUGCUCGGUGUGCUCUCCUUUGUAAUGGGUCCUGUUCAACUCAUUAAGCUCUAUAUUGUUCCCUACUGGAUUUUUGUCAUGUGGUUGGACUUGGUCACUUACUUGCAUCAUCAUGGCCACGAGGACAAACUUCCAUGGUAUCGUGGAAAGGAGUGGAGUUAUCUAAGAGGUGGACUAACUACUCUUGACCGUGAUUAUGGAUGGAUCAAUAACAUUCACCAUGAUAUUGGAACUCAUGUUAUACAUCAUCUCUUCCCUCAAAUCCCACAUUAUCACUUAGUGGAAGCAACAGAGGCAGCUAGACCUGUAUUUGGUAAAUACUAUAAGGAGCCAAAUAAGUCUGGACCUUUACCAUUUCACUUGCUUGGAAGUUUAAUAAGAAGCAUGAAAAAGGAUCACUAUGUUAGUGAUACAGGGGAUGUUGUUUACUACCAAACUGAUCCAAAGCUAUAUGGGCCUUCUGAAUCUGACUCUUCCACAUGAAGUAAGUAACCAUUUAAUUAUGAAGAUUUCCUGAUCUGUGAAGUGAAAGCUCAGUAAGCAAUGGAUUCAUUUGAGGUCUGAAUACAGCUAUCCAACUCUGUUUUAACAGUAGAGCUUAGGAAAGCCAUUUGUGUCCUCACAAUUUUCCUUCUUUCUUCCAUGUGGCCAAAACGGUGGCCUUAUAUUAUUAGAUAGUGGUGUCUUGUCCUAUUUAACGUUGUGAACUGUGCUUUCACUAGUUGUGUACAAUGCAAUUAUGAAAUAAGUUUUUGCAUUGUUUUAGAGCUGUAAAUCUUUCUUACUCUCUUCUCUCUACUCUCUCUCUCUCUCUCUCUCUCUCUCUCUCUAGGAAGCAGAUUUUAUCUCGUUCGGCCGUUCGAGUAUGCAUUUUCUUUACUUUUACAAAUGUUAAAUUAAUAGUUAGUUUGAUCGAAUAAUUUUUAAUUAUUAGAAGUUAAAGUGCUCCAAACCAAAUUACUCACAAAA